GACACUUCAGCACAGGGACGUAUCAGUGCUAAUUGGAAGACCGUGGUAUGAAAUACAUCAUUUCUUUCAACACACAAUUUAAAAAUAUUUGCGCUACGCAUAAUAAGGAAGAAUAUACCCGAACCUGAAUGACAACAUAUAUUUAAUCGUGGAUAACUAGAAGAUCAAAGUGAUUUGUACAGUUGGACUCUAGUAUAGAAAUUCUUCUGUCGUUAUUUGGUAAUCAGAUCCGCAAGUGCCAUGAGUGCAAACAACGCGUGCUGUGUCAUCCGCUACACGGCCGUUGGGAAGGCCGCAGUUGUCCUCACCUCGAUAGUCUCAGUUUACGCCUUCCUGCAGGUCCCUAUGGAACAAAAUUGGUGCAAAAGAAGUGAAUGGCCAACAUUUCUGCUACUGGUCAUAAGUCUGAGCUCAGGGUACGCGGCCGGCGUGCUUUACUACGGAGUAAGAAAGGAGAGACCGAACCUGCUCAAGGUACACUCCUGCAUGUGCGUGGCGAUAUCACCGCUGUGUUUGCUCACUGAAGUUUACAGCCGUCACUCUGAAACUUGUUCUCCGAAUGUCGUAGGGAUGACCAUCUCCUUCCUUCUGCUGCUGCUGUUAGCCGGCAUCGUGUGGAGAUGCCAUUUAAUUAUGGUCAAUUGACGCUAUUUCUCAAUCAUGAGUAGUCUUUCUGUAUUCGAUUAUUGGCCCUAAAUGAAAUAAGUGAUUAGAGGGGUUCUUUUUCGUGAUGGUGACGAGCUCUCACACUUUCUACUCCAGAUUUGACCGUUCAGAAGCACUAGAAUGAUGUGGUGUACUCAGUUCCAUUAGCCAGACCAGUAGUGAGGCUAAUACCUUUACUUGUGAUGGCAUUAGCUCCACUAGUGAUGUCAAUGGUGGACCAACACAGACAUUACAAUUAAAUGUCUAAAUAAUACCAUCAAUGGAUCGAGCAAUGUGCAUUUAUAAAACAGAAAUGACUUGUCAUAAUACGAACAAGAAGCCUCCCAAUACCGACGAGAAGAUUCAUUUCCUAAAGUGCUACAGAACCUAAGACCACAUAACAUAUCAAUGAACAUCUUUUAAUCUUAUGAUUGUGACUAAAUAAGAAAUGA